AUGGGAGUUGAUUCCACAGUUUGCAUGUGCGUGGCAAAAAGGGUCUGGCACAACGGGAGGUCGAUGUGCACCAGGCACCCAGGUGGUAAGAGUGGAAAUGCUUGCGAUGGCGUGCGGUGCGGUACAUCUUGGAUCUACUGGCUUAUAACAAUUGUCACUGGAGCGUGCUACUUAUACGUUUACGUAUUUUCUGUGAUGUGGUUGGUGUUCGUCCGCUAUUCGGUAGCUGAGGACUUCGUUGCGAUUGCUGUUGCCAUAUCACUUGGCACUGGCAGCUUCACUUGCAUUAUAAAACUUCUCUUCAUGAAGCUACAUAUAAGCCACAUACGUGAAACUAUUCAAAAAAUUUUAACAUUUGAUGCACGGAUUGAACCAGGAACAAGAUUUGCAAUUAAUUUACGAAAAAACCUACGUGUUAUUAAGAAACGAGCUCUUGCUGUUUGGAUAUUUCUAAUAACAGAUUGUGUAUUGUAUAUCUUUACGCCUUGUUUGCGGACUGGUCGUCAUAUGCCUGAGGAUUUAAUUAUCCUAUAUGGCUUAGAACCUAUGCUGGAGUCGCCUAACUAUGAAAUAGCACUAAUCGUGAAUAUCAUGUGUGUAGGCUUUCUUGUUUACGUAAUGGUAAAUGUAGCCGUAUACCUUAUAGUAAUCGUCGGUUACAAUGAAGCGCAACUAUACACGAUAAGUGAAGAAUUAAAAUUCCUUUGGGACGAUAGUCAAAACUUUUACAAUGAAAUCAAGCACAGAAUAAAUAAUAAAAUACACGCAAUCGAUCUAAAACGAAAAAUUGAAAAUGACUAUACACAAAAACCGUACACGGCUUUGCAAUCUAGUGUUCAGCAUUAA